UGUUGCGUUGCGUCGAGUUAAAAGAUGGACACCACUAUACCACAGUGUAGUACCCGGCCGGAAGCUGCCUGCAGUCUAGUGAAUCGCAGCAGCAUCCAUCCUGCCGUGUGGAAAAAGACCUAUAGGUAGAUCUUUUGAGGGUUUGCUUGGUUAGCUUAGCUGGACCUGUUAUCUGUCUGGGAAAGGGUUUAUUUGUAGAAACCCUCAAACAUCUGGCAAAUGCUCAUUUCUCUUAAUGGAAAUGGGGGAGCUUGGCUCUCCUACUUUAUUGGAUCGCGAUUGACCGUUACCUAUAGGUACUGUACCGUGUAUUACACGGAGGAAAUUGACAGGUGUGGAAAUUGAGUGCUUCCAUAAAAGUCCCAAAAAUUAAUACUCGUUCCUGUCUUAAAAUAAAACAAAUUCUACUAUUAGUAUUUAAAAUUUGUUCUAAAAUAUAACAACUUCUUUACCUACAUUUCCUUCUCAACCAAUCACAAUCUUUCAAUAUUUAAAUUUUUUUUGUCUACUUUUUUCUCUUAAACAAUCACAACAUUCUCUCGUUUAAUUUUACAUACUUUUUCUAAUACCUGGUCUAAGUCUAUUUCUUUUAUAUAUUAUGAAAGAGAGAUAGUUACUCUGUUCUGUUUUUUAAUGUAUGACGUCGUUAACUUUUGUCAUAACGUUUGACUAUCCGUCUUGCUCAAAAAAUUUAUAAGAAUGUUUUUUUGUUGUGAUUUAUUUUGUCAUCAAAGAGACCCUAACCUUACUUUAUUUAUAUAUAUAUGUUUGCACUGAAUUUUUGAAUAAGAAGAACAAUUAAAUAUUAUCUGAAAAGUCAACAGAAUCAUACAUUGAAAAAGAAAAAGAUAGUACUAGUAGUCAGUAUCUCCCCAGUUAAAGCACCCACCCCGACCCCACCAAAUUAAUACUCAGCAAGGCUAAUCCCUGCCAAUUAUAGUGGUCAUUUCUCUAGGGACGGACUGGGAAUGGAAGCUGCAGCCAUGGCGAAAUCUCUACUUCUCUCCUCUUUGCUUGCGGUUGUUGCAGCAGAAGUUGUUGGAACAGGGCUAAACCCCCAGUACUGUCCUCCUUCCUCCUGUGGCCAUCUUGGCAACAUAUCCUACCCUUUCCGUCUUGAAGGCGAUUCACGUCAGUGCGUUGCUACUCCUCGUCCAUGGUACAACCUCUCAUGUAACAAUGGCAGGGCUGCCAUUCAGAUCAACAAAGGGACGUACUACGUGACUAGCAUCAACUAUACCGGGGAGGAAUUCUGGGUUGUGGAUGCCACCUUGCAAGAUGAUGAUACAAACGGCAGCAGUUGUCCUCUUCCUCGCUCUGAUCACCUUCCUUACACGAAGAAUUACUGGCGUCUGUAUUCGGGGAAAACUUCAACUGAUUCUUAUGGCGCUAUCGAUUUGUACACUGUUUCACGCAAUUGGGCAUGCUUUGUGAAUUGUUUCCGAGCAAUAACAGAUAUUAUGCCAAGGUACAGGCCCGUUACAUGUCUGCUUCCCAACAAUUCAUUUGUUUUUGUCUCGUUUGAUGACUGUGCCGUUGGAGAGUUUCAACCUUCAUGUCGAUAUUUGGCCAUGAUUCCCUUUGAUGGUUGGCAUAUAUCGGACUCACAGCUACAGAAUGCAAGUUACACAGAUAUCAUAGGAUUCAUAAGGAAAGGAGUUAGUGUUUCGUUUCCAAUUGGUCCUUACCAGAGUAAUGAUAUCAGCGUCACGGAAUGCCUGAAGGGUUCAAAGAGGUACUUCAAGCAGCAUACAUCUCGUGCAAGCAUUCAAGAUUUAACCCGUGCUCUUUUCUGGAAUGAAACAUACUCCGAAGUAGAUUGCAGUAAUCUAGGUGCCUCCAAGAAAGACAUGAUUUUUUUGGGAAUCAUGGUAUCGGCUAUUGAUAUCACCAAGUUUCAUUUCGUUUUAUUCAGGUUACUGUUGGGGUCACUGGUGAUAUUCAUCUUCCUUGCCCAUAAGUACUGGAAAACAAGGAUCACGAUCGACGCGGUAGAGAAGUUCCUCCGAAUGCAGCAGAUGAUUGGUCCGAUGAGGUUUGCCUACACAGACAUUAUUGCAAUCACAUCACAUUUUCGAGACAAGCUAGGCCAAGGAGGCUAUGGCUCUGUAUAUAAAGGUGUAUUGCUCCCGGGUAAUCUCCAUAUUGCCGUCAAGAUGCUGACUGGUAGCUCCAGCUGCAACGGAGAUGAGUUCAUCAGUGAAGUAUCAACCAUUGGAAGGAUCCACCAUGUCAAUGUGGUGCGUCUGGUCGGGUUUUGCACUGAAGAAAUGAGGAGGGCACUUAUAUACGAGUACAUGCCUCGAGGCUCUCUUGACAAGUACAUCUUCUCGCCAGAGAAGAGUUUCUCCUGGGACAAGCUGAAUGAGAUCGCCUUGGGUAUUGCAAGAGGGAUCAACUACCUGCAUCAGGGAUGUGAGAUGCAGAUUCUACACUUUGACAUCAAGCCGCAUAACAUCCUUCUUGAUGAUAACUUUGUCCCAAAAGUUGCAGAUUUUGGCCUUGCCAAGCUGUACCCAAGAGAUAAGAGCUUUGUCCCAGUGAGUGCCGCACGAGGAACCGUGGGCUACAUAGCUCCUGAGAUGAUCUCUCGGAGUUUUGGUGUCAUAUCAAGCAAAUCCGAUGUUUAUAGCUUCGGAAUGCUACUUUUGGAGAUGGCUGGAGGAAGAAGGAAUGCAGAUCCAAAUGCAGCAAACUCACUUCAAGCAUAUUAUCCAUCACGGGUGUACAGGGAGCUGACUCGGCGAGAAACAAGCGAGAUCUCUGAUAUUGCUGACAUGCAUGAACUAGAGAAGAAGCUUUGCAUUGUUGGAUUAUGGUGCAUUCAGAUGAGGUCGUGUGAUCGACCGACGAUGAGCGAGGUGAUAGAGAUGCUUGAAGGUGGUAGUGAUGAACUGCAGGUUCCUCCAAGGCCAUUCUUCUGUGAUGAUGAGCAAUUCCCUGGAGUGGAGUCUUACAAUAUGCCAUCUGAUCUAACUGCAAUCUCCGAGGAGCAUGAGGACGACGACGACGAAAGCAUAUGUCUGUUCGAAAGCUACCAGUAACUUAGUAGCAAGUACAUUUAUGAUGACUGUAUUUACUUAAUUUGUAUGCCCAUUUUGCUGUCGAAACUUCAAUAUGCUGAGAUCGAUAUAUUGUAACUUCAAUAGUUUUUAUGUAUAUUGUAAGUUUGUAGCACAUAUAAUAAGCAAAUAAAGUGA